CGACUAGUCGAUUCCAAGGUGUCCGGGCGCCGAGGCUCGACUUGUCGACUUAAUAAGCAUGCUAUUUUGCUGUCUUUCUUUACUGAAACUUGUGCUUUUACCAUUCAUUUUGAUUAACGAAAGUAGCAGACAAUGCGAAAGGCAUUUGUUUUGUUCCGUAAAAUGCUAAAAAUAAGACCUAUAGUACAGCUCCAAUCCAUUAAAAGACUUCUACUACUACUAUUGCGUUGCAUCGAUUGCAUUCACUUUCUCAAUAUCCCACUUGCCCUAACCCUAAUCACAUACCCAAUCAUCUUACGGAAUUUCAACAAUUACUGUUGGAAAAAUCUAAGGUUGGUUUUGAUAAGCCUGAUGAUGCUCUUCAAGUGUUCGAUAAAAUGCUCCGUAUGAAACCUCUGCCUAGGGUUAUCGACUUUAAUCAACUCUUGGCCGCCCUUGUCAAGAUGAAACAUUACUCCGUGGCUGUCUCCGUCUUUUCAAAGAUGUGCUCUUUUACCAUUCCUGUUAAUGUAGUCACUUAUAGUACUGUCAUCAACUGUUGUUCCCAUUUGAAACGCGUUGAUUAUGGCUUUGCGCUGUUGGCUGCCAUCUUUAAGCGUGGUUUUGUCCCGGAUGUUGUUACCUACACAACUCUUCUCAGGGGACUCAUUUCCCAGGACAAGUUUCUUGAGGCUGAGCUUCUCUUUAAGAACCUUCUCAAGCACAAUCAAGUUGAGCCCAAUGCAGUUAUCUUUAACACCAUUAUUAAUGGCCAAUGCAAAACAGGCAACACUUCCCAGGCUAUGAUGUUGCUUAGAUACAUGGAGAAGAAAGGUUGUAUGCCGAACGUUGUAAAUUAUAGCACUAUUAUUGAUAGUUUGUCCAAAGACAGAUUAGUCGAUGAUGCUCUGGGUCUUCUUGCCGAAAUGAGAGACAAAGGCAUUCAACCAGAUGUUGUAACCUACAGCUCGUUAAUUCAAGGUCUGUGCAACCUUAACCGAUGGGAUGAUAUAACACAAUUGUUAAAAGAUAUGGGCAGACACAAAAUUUCUCCAAAUAACCAUACCUAUAGUAUAUUGGUUGAUGCACAUACGAGAGAUGGAAAGGUCAAAGAUGCUGAAUAUCUGAUAGAGUUAAUGAUUCAAAGAGGCCAAAAUCCUGACGUAGUCACGUAUAAUAUGCUAAUGGAUGGAUACUUCUUGCGGGGAGAAUUGGAUAAAGCAUCAGCGGUGCUCAGAACCAUGACAAGUAAGGGGAUUUUCCCCAACACUCGUACCUAUAAUAUAUUCAUCAAUGGUUUUUGUAAGAAGUCGAAACUAGACAAAGCGAUCCAUCUCUUAGAAGAAAUGAACCUGAAAGGCUUAACACCUACAGUUGAAACAUACAAUACUAUUUUGGAUGGGUUAUUUCGUACGCUUAGGCUUGAUGAAGCACAUAAGUUUUAUAAGAAGAUGUUAAACCAAGGUGUUAAACUGGAUGUUGUGACAUCCAGGAUAUUAUUGCAUGGACUUUGCUGGAAUGGACUUGUUGGUGAAGCAAUGUCCAUGUUUCACAAGAUGGAGUCAUGUGGCUUAGUUCCUGACAUACACAUUUAUAAUAUUCUGAUUCAUGGAUUUUUCAAGGACGGCAAAGUUGAUGAAGCAAGAAACCUUUUUCAUAAUCUUCUUUUAAAGGGUUUACAGCCUGAUGUCAAAACCUACACCAUUAUGAUCCAUGGAUUCUGUCAAGAAGGGUUGCUGGAAGAAGCAUAUAAAAUACUUUUGGAAAUGGAAGAACACAAUUGCUUGCCUGAUGAAGUUACCUACAACACUCUUAUCCGCGGCUGCUUUAAGAAUAAGAUGUAUGAUGGAGGUUGUGUGCUUAUAGAUGAGAUGGUUGCUCAUGGUUUCAAAGCAGACGCCUCUACUGCCUCCAUGCUAUUCGAUUUGCUGCAAUUAAAAGAGCAGGACCCCGCGCUCCUUGCUUUGCAGAAGAAGUUCAUGCCUUGACUACAUCAUUGAGCGAGUUUAUUAAGGAUGCUGGUUUCUCAGGAGAUGCAUACCACCUGUAUAUUACAGGACCUGCUAUAAAUAGGACACUGCUAUGCUUGCUCUGUAAAAGUUUUUGUCAUACAUACUGGAAUGAUCCAGUGUGGAAACUUAUUAUUUACUUGCACUCUUGUAAGUUUCUUAUCUAUUCUCAUAAUUAACUUGGAUUGUUCUUUACUGUAGGCUUAGUUUAGAGUUGCAUAAAGCAGUGUUCAGCGCAGCAAAAGCAAAGAACAAGAACCAUUACAAUUAUUUCUUGAUAUAUUAGUUCUUAUAUAUGUAUUUUUUCGUCGUCUCUAUGUAGUUUUGAACUUUCUUCUAAAGAAAGGGAAUCCAUUAGAACUACUAUUCAUAUAUUAUUAAACUUGUUUUCUCUGCAUAAAAGUUGUUUUGUCAUGCAUACUUAUUUUCGUUGUCUCUAUGUAGUUUUGAACUUUCUUCUAAAGAAAGGGAAUCCAUCAGAACUACUAUUCAUAUAUUAUUAAACUUGUUUUCUCUGCAUAAAAGUUAUUUUGUCAUGCAUACUUAAAUAUGAUGAUUCAGUCUGCAACAUUAUUAUUUACCUACAGUCUCUUGUCAGUUUGUUAUCUUUUGUCGUAGUCCACUAGGACUUCUCUUUACUGUAAGGUUAGUUUAAAUUUGCAUAAAG